GACUAAAUGUCUUUAUGCUGUUUCACCAGGUUUUGUGUUCUAAGACACUAAGUUAUGAUCAUCGAUGUUAGUGGAGAUUCACCACCUGUGAAUUGAAGAGACCAGUUAGAAUAUUUUUUAUUGCUAAGCAAGAACCAUGAAGUUUGCUGAACAUCUUGCUGCACACAUAACUCCAGAAUGGAGGAAGCAGUACAUUUCAUAUGAGGAAAUGAAAGCAACUCUCUAUUCAGCAUUGGAGCAAGCACCUUCAGCUGAAGUAGAGGAUGAGGAUGCCAUCUGCCAAUACUUUGGGAAGUUUGAUGAGAAGUUCUUCCAUAUUUGUGACAAGGAGUUGCUGAAAAUCAAUACCUUCUUUUCAGAAAAACUUGCUGAGGCAACAAGAAGGUUCUCAUCUUUGAAGAGUGAACUUGCUGCAGCCACUCGAGCACAGCAGGAGGAGAGAAGGAGUUCAACCAAGUUGUCCACGUUUUUCUCCCGCACCCAAACCACAAGAAAGACUACUGACCUAAAACUUGCCUUCAGUGAAUUCUAUUUGAGUCUUGUUCUUAUGCAAAAUUAUCAGACUCUGAACUCCACUGGUUUUCGGAAGAUCCUCAAGAAGCAUGACAAGCUUCUGAAGACGGAUGCUGGUGCCCGAUGGCGCAUGGAGCAUGUGGAGCCGUCACACUUCCACACCAAUCGAGAUAUCAACAAGAUGAUUUCAGAGACGGAGUCACUGGUGAUCCAGGAGCUGGAAGGGGGAAAUCGAGGUCGUGCCAUGAAGCGGCUGAGAGUUCCACCCUUGGGUGAACACCAAAGUCCCUGGAUUACAUUUAAAGUUGGACUUUUCCUUGGUGCCUUUGUUGUCCUCCUCUGCUCCAUCAUCAUAUGCUCUAUAUUUCAUGAUUGGCAACGUGACAAUUGGCGGAUUGCCAUACGUCUCUAUAGGGGACCACUUCUCUUCAUCUUAUUCCUUUUCCUUCUGGGCAUCAAUGUCUAUGGAUGGAGAUCAUCAGGGGUGAACCAUGUGCUGAUAUUUGAAUUGAAUCCUCGUCAUCAUAUAUCAGAGCAACACUUGAUGGAAAUUGCUGGGAUGCUUGGGGUCCUUUGGGCUUUGUCAGGAUUGGCAUACUUGUUCAGUGACACCCUUCAGAUUCCGAGAUUUGUUCAUCCUAUUGUAUUGAUUGGGAUCAUGUUCCUGUUCCUAGUUAAUCCCACUCACACUUUCAUGCCCAAUGCCCGCUUCUGGCUUCUUCGCACCCUGUGCAGGGUGAUUUGUGCACCUUUCUUCUAUGUCAACUUUGCGGACUUUUGGCUUGCGGAUCAGCUGAACAGCCUUGUUCCUGCUCUGCUUGACCUGGAGUAUUUCAUCUGCUUCUAUGUCAGCAAUGGAGAUCUUGAUAAGGCUGAUCAAACUCAGUGUGUAAACAAGAUUUGGGGGAUGAGACCAUUUGUGGCUUGCCUUCCCGCAUGGUUUCGAUUCGCUCAGUGCCUCAGGCGGUAUCGAGAUACCAAAGAAGCCUUCCCUCACCUUGUCAAUGCUGGGAAAUACUCAACAACCUUCCUUGUGGUUCUUUUUUCUACUCUGAACCUACUGAACCAAAAUUCAUAUGAGGCUUUGGAAGACAAUCCAUUUUUCUUCUUGUGGAUCCUUGCUUCCAUCCUGAGUUCUGUAUAUGCAUUUGCUUGGGACAUCAAGAUGGAUUGGGGAUUGCUUGAUAGCAAUGCUGGAGACAAUAAGUUCCUUCGUGAAGAAAUAGUAUACCCUUCACCUCACUUCUAUUACUUUGCCAUGGGUGAGGACUUCAUCUUGAGGUUUGGAUGGGCCAUAUCUCUCUCCUUGACUGAAAUGGGAUAUAUCCAUGGUGAUCUCAUGGUCACAGUUCUUGCUCCUUUGGAAGUCUUCCGACGCUUCAUUUGGAAUUUCUUUCGGCUGGAGAAUGAAUUUGUUAAUAACUGUGGAGACUUCAGAUCCAAGCAAGAUAUCAACCGGUUCAUGUGGAACUUAUUUCGACUGGAAAACGAGCACCUGAACAACUGUGGUAAAUUCCGAGCUGUGCGAGACAUAGGCAUCAAACCAAUCCAGGACUCAGACCAGGAGCAGCUGAUCAAACUUAUGGAUGGAGAGCCAGAAACGGUUGCACAACUGAUGAGACGCAAAGGUAGGCAGCGGAAGGGGAAACCUAUGACAGUGGAAGGGGAACAUGAUUCCUAUGCCACUGUGUCCUCAAUCGCAAGCGCCAAGAAUUGGUUACAGAGCCUGCGUGCCUCUUCAUCGAAGGCAGCAGUCUCGUGAAAUAGUAUUCUUUUGUUCUGGUGAUGGAAUCCUUGCACCCUGCUUUAUUCAUUCACAGCAAUAAUGGAAUAGGAAGUGUCUGCACAUUUGAUAUUUUUUGGCCCAAACUUAUGAUUCCUUGUUACAUUAAAGCAUGAAUACAUUCUAUGCAGAGUGACUGAUAUUAGUUGAUAACCAACUUUAUUAGCUUGAAAGCAACGGAAGAGGUGAGUAAAACUCAGUGAUUUCCUGCAAAUUCUUUCUUUAUUUUACUUGGUAUAAAAUUUAAGCCAAUGGAAAUUCUUGUUUCCCUGAAAAAAACCUCAAACUUCACAUUGUUACCAUUGCUGUCUUGGCACUACUGACUUUUUGGGGAUGAGGUCUCAUUGAGGACAUUGAGACAACAUUGAGAAAAUUACUUUUUAUGCAGUACAGUUCACCACCUUUUUCUGCUUUAGAUGUUCAGAACUCAUCAUCAUGCUUGUUGAUCAUGCACCAGAAAUAUAAUGCCAACAGAGCAAUGAUGACAAUGUUAUUUUGAGAUUUUUCUCAAGUGUUUGUUUCAGGGAAGCAAAAUCCCCAUCAAUUUAAUUUUUAUACAUAACUGAAGGGCAGAGCCAAUGCUUAAGGGAAACUGCUACAUUUUUCUCACCUUUUCAUAAGACAUUCAAGUUUGAAAUCACAUAGUGACUUUUUGGCCACA